UUACCCUGAACAUCUCUUUACCAAACAAGUCCAAUACAUCUGAAAAAGUGACUCAUCCGCUACGUGUAGUGGUAACAAGUACAAGUACAAGCAGCUUCCAUCCCUCCACAAUUAACUGAUCUGCAAAAACUCUGCUAUUGAAUAUGGCGGUAACAUCAAUGGCGGCUUCUCUUCCUACCUUUACUUCACUCAAGCUCAAUUCCGCCAAUAACAAUCGGUGGUCAACUGUAAAUAUGAGGGUAUCAGCAAGUGUGAAUGGAACCACUACUACAAGUGAAGGAGUGAAAUUAACUCAAGGAGUUGGCAAUCUUUCUAAGGUUGUUCUCACUUCUCCUCAUGGUAGUGAGGCUGAGGUAUACUUGUUUGGAGGCUGUGUGACUUCAUGGAAAAUUCCGAAUGGCAAAGACCUUCUAUUUGUCAGGCCUGAUGCUGUGUUCAAUGGCCAGAAACCCAUCAGUGGAGGAAUCCCACAUUGUUUUCCUCAGUUUGGACCGGGGAAAAUGCAGCAGCACGGUUUUGCAAGGAAUAUGAACUGGUCGCUUAUUGAUUCUGAAACCGAAGAAGGAAAACCAGUUGUGACUUUAGAACUGAAGGAUACCCCUUACAGCCGUUCAAUGUGGGAUUUUAGCUUCCAAGCUUUGUACAAGGUCAUCCUGGAUUCCACUAGCCUUUCAACAGAAUUAAUAAUAACAAAUACAGACAAAAAGGCCUUUUCUUUUAACACUGCCUUGCAUACAUACUUCCGGGCUGCCAUCACAGGAACAGCAGUUACAGGUCUAAAAGGUUGCAAAACACUGAACAAAGAUCCCGAUCCUCAAAAUCCUCUAGAGGGUAUAGAGGAGAGGGAUGUGGUCACGUUUCCUGGUUUUGUGGACUGUGUAUAUCUAGACUCACAAAAUGAGUUACUCCUAGAAAAUGGCUUGGGUGACAAAAUCUUAAUCAAGAAUACCAACUGGUCAGAUGCAGUCUUGUGGAACCCACACCUGCAAAUGGAGGCUUGCUACAAAGAUUUCGUUUGUGUUGAGAAUGCCAAGAUUCAAGAAGUCGAGCUACAGCCUGAGCAAUCUUGGACAGCAACGCAGCAGCUUAGUAUUGCCUAAGAUGUAAGAUGAUUAAAGCAUCUUCAUGUUUGAGAAAUAGCCGGUUCAGUCGGUGGACUUUGUGUGGGAGAAUCAUUCGCUAUUUCAUCUUAGAGAUACUUCUAGGCAACUAGUCUUGAAUAUUUGUAAUAAUGUUGUAUGAUCCUCUGAUAAUUCUUCCAUAUAUACAUUUUGUAUCUAGUGAUUUUGAAAUA